AUGUAUACAAUAAGUGAAGAGAAACGGUGGUAUAUAAUUAGUGAGUGGAAAAAAGGCUCUAUAAAUCCCUCACUAGUGGCAAGUUUUAUCAAUUGUCAUGUUAGUACAAUAUACCGUGUUAUUAAUUAUUAUUGUCUGCAUGGUGAUGUAAAUUACGGACAUAGUCCUGGUCGUCUACCUGCACUCGACUCAACACAAAUCAAACAGCUUGAUCGAAUUAUACAACAAAAUCGAUCAGCUACUGCUGCUGAAUUACUAUCUCUCACACAUUUCGACACUACCGAACGUACAAUACAACGUUAUCGUCGAUCUCUUGGUUAUCGUCCUCGUAAGUCCCUUAUUAAAGUAAAAAGCACCAAUAUCAAUGAACAAAAACGAUAUCAAUUUGCUCUAUUGCAUUAUCGUGGCAACAUCAAGAAUUGUAUAUUUGAAGACGAAUGUUAUGUGGGUUUAAGAAAUACACAACAGGUUGUUUGGUGUAAACGAGGAGAACCAACUCCAAAAAAAGAAAUUUCAUCUUUACGAGCACAUGUGAAUUUAAUUGGUUUUAUUUGGUGGGAUGGUUACGUGUUCUAUCGAUUUGAUAAUUGGUUAAAUAGUGAUACAUAUUGUGAUACAGUUAAUGAAGCUUUAUCUGCAAAUUUACGACAAUUGAAUGGAUAUUUAUAUAUUUCUGAUGGUGUUAGAUGGCACAGAAGUGCUCAAUUCAAGCAUUGGUGUGACCAAUAUAAUAGUGAAUUAUGUGAUUGA